UAUUUCUGGUAACUUUUUCAUGUGUAUCGCACAAAUUUCCUAUUGGCAUAUCAGUCCAUCUUUAGCUGGUGCAAUUUUUCGUCACACGUUGUAAGUUAACAUCAAUUCGGAAGUUGUAUUGUGAAACAUGUCGAAGCGAACGCAACCUGAUUGGCACCCACCAUCAAUUAAAGACCGACCUAAAUUGAAGCUCUUCAACAGUUUAACAAGGCAAAAGGAGGAUUUUGUGCCGCUGGACGGUAACAAUGUGACUUGGUAUAGCUGCGGUCCUACAGUAUACGAUGCAUCGCAUAUGGGGCAUGCGAGGUCAUACAUUUCUUUUGAUAUUAUGCGGCGCAUACUUUCCGACUAUUUUGGUUAUAAUGUUUUCUAUGUUAUGAACAUUACGGAUAUUGACGAUAAGAUAAUCAAACGUGCUCGGCAAAACCAUCUGUACGAAACAUAUGUUAGCGCAGCCGCAACAACACCACUGGAUAAAUUGUUAGCGGACCAAAAAGAGGUUUUGGAGAAAUUCAAUGUCAUCUGCAGGGAAACAAAUGAUCAUGACAAGAAAAUUAUGUUUGAACGUAUGCUAAUAAAAAUGAAUGAUGCAAUGGAAACCCUUAUUAUGGCAGUCGCUAGUAACGAUCCAGAAAAAAUUGAUGAAGCGCGCUCAAUGUAUUUGGCAGAAGCAAAAGAUCCCAUAGCGGACUGGUUGGAUCGCAAGGACGGCUCAACUGUUAAAGAAAAUGCAAUAUUUGAAACACUGCCACGCUACUGGGAAAACGAAUACCACAUGGAUAUGCAGGCACUUAACAUAUUGCCUCCAGACGUACUUACACGUGUGUCCGAAUAUGUGCCCCAGAUAAUCAAAUUCAUUGAGCGCAUCAUCGAUAAUGGACUUGCUUACAAAGCAAACGGUUCCGUUUACUUUGAUGUAAACGCCUUUGACAAGCGAGACAAACAUCACUAUGCUAAACUUGUGCCUGAAGCCUAUGGUGAUACGAAAUCACUGCAAGAAGGUGAGGGAGAUUUGUCCAUAGCUGAAGAUCGGCUCAUCGAAAAACGCUCACCAAACGAUUUUGCUUUAUGGAAGGCUAGCAAAGCAGGUGAACCGUCUUGGCAAAGUCCUUGGGGUAUGGGGCGUCCUGGAUGGCACAUCGAGUGUUCAGCCAUGGCCUCUGAUAUAUUUGGAUCAAUGUUUGAUAUACACACCGGUGGUGUGGACUUAAAGUUUCCACAUCAUGACAAUGAACUAGCGCAAUCUGAGGCAGCAUUCAACCAAUCCGAAUGGGUAAAAUACUUUCUGCAUACGGGUCACCUAACCAUUGCUGGUUGCAAAAUGUCGAAAUCAUUGAAAAAUUUUGUAACAAUACAAGAAGCAUUGAAGAAGAAUACCCCAUGUCAAUUACGACUUGCAUUUUUGCUGCACUCAUGGAAAGAUACUCUCGAUUACUCCAACAACACAAUGGAGAUGGCAUGUCAGUAUGAGCGAUUCUUGAAUGAAUUCUUUUUAAAUGUGAAAGAUUUAACACGACACAUGCAAAAUGGCUCACCAAGUUCGCAAUUUGGCGUAUGGACAUGUGCAGAGGCUGCGCUGCAAGAGAAACUCAAGUUGGCACGAAAUUCAGUAUAUGAGGCAUUAUGUGAUAACAUUGACACGCGCAGCGCUCUAGAUGCGUUACGGGAGUUGGUUUCCGUUUCAAAUGUCUAUAUACGAGACAAUAAAGAUCAUAUUAACUGCCUUCUCUUACGACGCAUUGCUGCAUAUAUAACGGAUAUCUUGCACAUAUUCGGCACUAUUCAAGGGCCACGUGGCGGUAUAGGCUUUCCAGUGAGUGGCGCUGAUAGUAGUGUGGACAUUGAAGCUACUUUAUUACCUUAUGUAGACGCGGUAGCCGAGUUCCGAAACGAUGUGCGCGAAGAAGCAAAAACUAUUAAGGCAAAUGCUAUUUUACAAUUGUGCGAUAAACUGAGAGAUGAUGUGCUACCAAAUUUGGGUGUACGGCUGGAGGAUAAGGAAAACGGCAAAUAUGCUGUGAAAUUAGUAGAUCGGGAAGUAUUGCUUAAGGAGCGUGAUGCGAAAAAAGCUGCCGAGGCAGAACGUUUAGCUGAAAAGCAACGCAAACAGGAAGCCGCUGCCAAGCUAUUGGCCGCCAAGGAAGCGCAAAAACGUAUAAACCCGCAAGAGAUGUUCCUUAGUGAAAAAAAUAAAUAUUCACAAUUUGAUGAAAACGGCUUGCCAACGCAUGACGCCGAAGGUAAAGAGCUGAGUAAGGGUUUGUUGAAAAAAUUAACUAAGCUGCAACAACAACAAGAAGCGCGAUAUAAAGAAUAUCUAUCUACAACUGCCAAUGGAAAUUAAUUGUAUCUUACUUUGCUUUCUAAAAAUCCGGUUACUCAUAUAUAUGUGUACAUAAAUUAAAUUUUGAAAUUUUUGUAAUAAAACAAAAUCUUGAUUUUA